CCAGUGGCAAUAUCACAGGUGAGGGAAUCGCGCGCAUCGCGGGCGGCGCGCGGCGGCGCAUGGCGGCCGGUGCGGCGCGCUAUCACUGGCGCGCUUAUCAGUGCUCGAUUAGAUACCGGCGCGCGCGAACCGCACCACGCGGCCGGCACCCACACGCCGACACCGCCGGACCACGCCGACUCCGGCCGCUGCCCCGCCACCGCCGACUACACCACCGCAACCAUGAGGAGCAAGGACCGUCUGCCAGAACUCCAGCGAGUGCUGGGGUCUGGUGCCGCCGCCGGCGAGGAGGAGGUGCUUCUGGAGCCGCCCCAACCAGACCCUGACGUCGAAGCCAUGUUUCAGGAGGUAGAUCGCAUGCGGGGCUGGAUCAACGAGCUUAACGGCAACACGCAGCUGGUGCGCCGCCUGCACGCCGACCCCACCUUCCACACCAAUAAGCAGCUGCAAGACCAGCUGGACUCGCUCGUGACGCAGUCGCACGCCACGGCGGCGAAGGUAUGCGGGGCGCUACGACAGUUCGAGGAGCGCGCGCGCUCGCGGGGCGGGGACGCGCGCACCCGCAUGGCGCGCCUGCAGUACGCCGCCACCAGGCACCUGUACGCCGACGGGCUGCACCGGCACCACCACGCCCUCGCCGCGCUGCGGGACAACCGCCUGCACCUGCUGCACGAACAGAUCAAACUCACUAAUCUCACCAUUUCCGAUGAGGAGUGCCAGAAUCUUCUCGACUCAAAAAAUAUUUCACUGUUUGUCGAUAAUUUGAAGGCGGAGACUGCGGAGGCGCGGCGCGCGCUGCGAGAGGUGGAGGCGCGCCACGAGGAGCUCGCGCGGCUCGAGGCGUCUCUGCAGGAGGUGCGAGACCUGUUCCAGCAGCUGGCGUACCUGGUCGCGCAACAGCAAGAGCAGAUCGACAGCGUGGAAUACUUCGCGCUGCAGGCCACCGGGUACGUGGAGCUGGGCGGGCAGCAGCUGCUCAGCGGGAAGGUCAGCCACAAGCGCGCCAAUCAGAAAAAGAUCGGUCUGGUGAUCUGCCUCGUGACCGGAUUCAUUAUAGUGUUAUUGGUGCUCAUCAUAACGUAAUAGUGGACGACAUAACACGAGCCAUCAAAGCAUCAAAAUAAGGCUAAGAUCUCACGGAGCGAUUUUUCCCGAUCCCGCCCGCCUCGCGGGCGUUCGAAGAGGUAUUUAUUUCAAAACUCACGAAACUGCAGUUUUAUGCUUUCUCGUACCGUGUUAUAUCUACCAUUUCACAUUUCUACGCUAGUUACCGUCCAGCCGCAGCAGGCGCGGGGGUAAAUCGCGUCGUGAAUUCUUAGCCCAAUACUUGCUGCUUGUCUCCGACGGGAUGUAAUGGUGGCUAGUGAUGUAACGCCUAAUCUCAAAUGGGUAUUAAGAAUGACGAAAGGACAUUGACAUUAGUUAAAAGUGAUGUCCCUGGGACGUUGUUGCGGUGAAACAUUCCCAUUACGAUAAAAAUUUGUCCCACGGACGGAGCCAGUGAUAAAAACUUUUAAUGGGAGUAAAUGUAAAUUUCUCAAACGUAUUACUAGUCAAAUUAAAUUUUAUCACACUUAAUUUUAAUUAAAUCCAAUAAAUUAUGUAAUUUAUUCAAUAAAUAUUUAGCUUUAAA